AUGGCUUCGGCUCCUCCUGCUUCUGGCGCGCCCGGGAGACCGAUGGCAGAGACGGGGGCCCUAGUGGUGUCUUACUCGGCGCGACUGUGGAGGACCAUUCUCGCAUUGCUACCUUCCUCGGAUUCAAAGCUCCUUAAGGUGAUCUCGGAUCUCUUUUCGGGGAUUUUUUCUUCUCGCGGGAGGCAACAGCGGCGGGGUGGGCGACAGUUGCGGGAGUCUGGCCUUCCCCUUCCGCUGCAUUUUCACUCCGUCGAAACUUCCCUGUAAGCUUGGUCCCUCUUCUUUGUUUAUUCUCGUUUUCUCCUCCAAUUGACUUGGUAUCUUGAUGCUCUUUGACAUGAAAUCCGAUGUGACGUUUGUCGUGGCGAAGAUGGGAUGGAAAUUGAGCUAUUUUAAAUGAAAUUAUUCAGCUGAUCCCGCAGUGUCGUUGCUGGGUUGUUUGAUAACCCGGAAGCAAACUAUUGAAAAUCAGGAAAAAAUAAUGGAAAAUAUACAAUGGUGAUGAGGAAACUGCAGUAUAUACGUUUUCUUAAAAUUCGUCUCGUCGUGAUCUUUAAAGUUUCAUUUUAUCAACCUAUGUUUGACUGGAUCCGAUCAUUGGCCCGAGAAUUUGUGAAGUUUUCUUAAUGCUUAUCCAAUAUCGCCCAUGCUCAAGGUGGUGUGAAGUCCUUUAUCAUAGGAACCUUCUGCCUCAGAUAAUUUCUCAAGUUUACUGUUAAAUAAUUAUCUUCUUGGCUGCAGUUUAAGCUCGUAGAACUUCAGAAAAAUCCUUAUAGAGAGAAUCUCCUGACCUUCUAAAAUAAUCUGUACAAAUAGGGGAAGAGAUAGUCAUAACAUUGUUGUUUGAUAUUCUCUAUGAAAACAACCAGCAAUAGACUGACUAAAACAUAUAAAAUAUCUUAUCACUCGGGUGAAAAACAAGAGUCUGGGAAAAUGAAAAGCAGUUGUGGAAUGCUGGAUGCACAUGCCAUACUUCAUUUUACUUAUGAUUUUCGAAGCCGAUACCAUGUAUGAUAUCAUGAUCUCAUUUUCUUAGGAAAAAAAUUAGCUAUAAGGAUUUUUAAUAUUCUAUUUAUUUUCUUAUGUUAAUGCCUAAUUUCGCUUAAAUGAAAAUUAGUCUGUUUUUCCGGGAAUUAUAAAGGAAAACUGAUUUUGUGUCAAUAGUUGUUUGGGAGAAAGGUUCUGAGAGAUUCAAAUAACUUUUUUGAUGACCAUGUAUGCGCAGCAUGGUCCCAUGUCAGAUUUUGUCCAUGAAUUUUAAUACUUAAAUGCUGACUCGUAGAUGGUGCCUGUGAGAGCUACUGUAUUUAGUAUUCCCCGAACUUCUUUUUUCUGUUUAUUCAUUUCUUCUUAUUAUUAAAAAUGACCUAUUUGUGAUGUCCUCGUUAAUGGGUUAACUUAUUUAUUCGUCCGGUUGACUAAUGAGUGAUUAAUUGAUGCUUUCGAGAAACCAAUGGAAUGAAAGGAAACUAUAUCUGAACUUGAAGCCUUAGAUAACCUAAUGGAAAAAUAGCUUCUUGAUUCUGGCACAUGAUGACUAUGUGUACAUCAAUAUUGAGUUUAUGAUCGUUGCUUAUAAUUAUCAAAUCCAGAUAAUGUCAGUUGUAUCUAUCUAGGGCCACGAUUGAAGCAUCUAGAGUACUUGGUAUUUUAGAUGACAUUUUGAACCACGUCUUGUCAAGCUUACACAUUAUUCAUAAGAGUCUGCAAUUCUGGGAAUCUCGAGCAGAGGUAACACCAUAGUGAAAUUCUCUUGAAAGUGAACAAAAAGUUGUUCUUGAACUUAUUGGUAAGAGGUCCUCAAACUGGCUUUUCAGGGAACGUAUGGUCAGAAAGUGUACUUUAUGGUUUUUGAACGAGGACCAAAGGCAUUCGUCAAGGAAACAAUUCAUCUGAUAGGCAGACGCAGGGUUGAAGGGUCUUCAAUGCAGCAUCUUUAUCGUUCUGCAGCUAUGACAAUUUCUGAAAAAAUAUCUGUUCUGACUAGUUUGCAAAGUUGUCUUGCCAGAUUUCUUGCAGAGGUUUGCUUUCCAAUUUUUUAUGACCAUGAUGUAGACCUUUCAAGUUGAAUCAAUUCUUAUUUUAAGAUUUUCAUGGAGUUUUAACCUUUGGUUCUUUUAAAAUUCUCAAUUUUUUUAUUUUUUAUUUUUUACAACCUCUUAGUUUUCCACGUUUUUAAUCUUACAAAGCCUUAAUUUUUCCCACCUCUUAUUUUGUUUAAACUUUUUUCAUUUUUACUUGCUUUAUUUAAAAAUUUCUAUUGCAUAUUUGAGAAAAAAUAAUACUUCUUCUAAAAUUACUAUUAAAUUGAUGGAACCUAGUGCUGUGGCAGAAUAUAUAGCGUUUUUGAUACUUACAUGAAAUGUUAUAAAUCAUUAAACUAAUAAAAAUAUUCAAUGCUACUUGUGAAGUGCAUUGAAUAUUUUUAGAUUUAUGUAAUGUACUCUUCUUGUAAUAUUAUAGCACGACUUGGCAGUAAUUUGAGUUCCUAUUUGGGUACACAUUUAUGAGUUUAAUGCAGUCCAAAGCAAUGUUUGGAAAGAGAAAACGGAUGUCCAUAGGAAUAAACCGUGUUUUAUAUGUUGAAGCAUAGAUACACUCCGUGAGAGCCCCACUUCACCUACUCGUGGAUAUUUAUAAAGUAUAGAUACAGAAAAAUGUUUUUGAUAAAAGUGGAUUCUACAUUUCGUUUCCUUUAGUUAUACCUCGAUGCUGUAUCUUAAUGGUCAACGGUUUGGAUGAAUCGUUAUAGUUUUGGAUGCAGAUUUAUACAGAAGUCGACAAGUAUGGUGAAGGCGUAGCAGUUGAUCUUGAGAAGUUGUUGCCAUCACUAUUGAUGGCAAUAAAUGGCCUGUUUACUGGUCUUGAAGCAUCAAUUGGCCAUUCUAAAGAAAUCUAUAAGGUCAUCUUUGGAUUCUUUUAAUUCUUGACUUACAUGUUUGCCAUCAACUAUUUUGAAUAUGUUUCCCUGUCAAGUGUAGGAAUGAUUGAAUAUCUGCAGAUUGUAUUGACAGUUAUCAUAUUAAUAUUCUUCUGAUUCUUCUUGCUCUGAUACAUUUGUAGAGUGAUCUUUCCUUCUUGGCGGAUGGAUGCGAUUCAAGUGCCCUUUUGUUUGAGAAAAUUCCUGAAAUUCACGUCAUAAGGUCUCAAUGGACAGAUACUGAGAUUAGCAAUGCAAUCAAUUUGAUAUAUCAAAAUCUGAACAGACUUGAUUCAUAUAUCUCUUUUGUCGUAAGUAUAUUUCUGCUGAUAUUUUAGCCUAGAAUGCGUAUUUUUAUAGUUGGGACAGAAUUCUGUCGAAUCUUUUCAUUAUCAAUACAUUCUAUGUACCACCAUUUCAGUGAUACAAAAUCUGAUUGAUGCCGGACAUUUUCUUUUUGUUUUGAUGAGUUAAUCAAAUAAAAUUUCUUCAUGGUAGACCAGAACAGCCUGCCGCCAGCAGUGGUAGAUUGAUCAUGAUGCUACCUUUAGGAGGAAUAUAUAUGUUACGGGAUGCAAGGGAAUUCGGAAGUUACUAUCCCAUCCUUUCUACCUGACCUUCUUGUUGAGGAGAGAUGCGUUUCCUUCGGGAAAAAUGUUUUCUGAGAUACUUUCUAUGGCCUUAAAUGAUGCUCUUUUAUGUUCUGUAACUAAGGUCAGCCAUCUUUCAGAUGAGAUUUUUCUUUCAGUCUGGGAGUAAGGAACUUCUGACCUUCCAUGAAAAGUAGGCCAUCCUACUACUAAUCGAUUUUUGCCCUCAUUUUUCGUACAUUAGCCAGCUUUAAUUUUUUCAUGUCUUUUCUUAUCUCAGUGUUCCUUUUAUAAAAUCAUUUUGGAUUCUUCGCCUGCCUAUUCAACUGAAAAUGUCCUUGGUAGUCCCAGAUUUUCACAUGACUAAAGAAGAAGAUCAUCCGUAAAGAUUCUUUCAUGAACUCAUCUCGUUACUCUCUUUUUAAUGGUUUCAAUUCACGUAUAGAAUUAAAGGUCACAGAAAAAAAGACUUCAGCGUGUACUAAGUGUUAAAAUAUAUUUUGUUUAUAAAGAAUUACUCGUAAGUUUGUUUGGUUUCUCUUUUUUAGUGUAGGGAAAAGUUAUCUUCAUCAUUACUUAUUGUUAUGGCUUUUUAUGCCAUUAAAGAUGGCUGCAGCUAUAGAAACUAAAAAUUGGAUUAAUAAUUUUUGGGUUAAAAGAGUAAAUUGCCUAAAUUGGGCAAUGGUGUCCUGUCCACCACUUGAUCCUACCCAACAAUCCUGAUUUUGGACCGGUAUCAACUUUUCGGAGUUGAUUCUGCUCUUAUAAAAUAUUGCAUGGAUAGUGAUAUUUCCAGUAUUUAACGUACUGAGCAGAUAGGUGUAGUGACUCGUUGGAAUUGGUGGGUAUCCUGAUGUAUGGAUGGGGUCGUGGUUAAUUUGUGUUUGCAUUUUGGGUGAUUUUACUAAAACUUAAAAUUGGGUUGCUGGUUUGAGUAAUAUAUUGCUAAAGCUUUGGUAAUAUAUUUUUCUAAUUAAAAUAAAUAAAUGAACCUUGUGCAUUCUAACAUGGUAGAUUCAGAUAAUAGUGACUAUUUGUGGAAUAUAUGCCACAACAGUGGCCUAAUUUGAAUUGCCAGUUCAGGUAGUUCAGGUAAGGUUUUGAAAAGAUACUUGGUUCACAAAUGAUAUUGUAGGCCCACCAGCUGUGGAUCAUUGGAGAAUGCUAAUUUAAGCGUUAUCUUUAUUAUUGUAAUUGGUUUAUCUCUUUAAAUUAAGAUUCCACACAUAUCGGCUACAAAAACGUAGAACAUAAAUGCAGUUUUACUAGUAAGGAUAUCUGUCCAUGUUCAUCCCAACAUUGACAUAACCUGCACAAUAAUUCAUUUCUUCCGACCUCUAAUGAAGAUGUCAGUUCCUGGCAGUCUGUAGUAGUCAAUUGCAUAAACUCACUCCAAGCACCAAAUUUAGUCCUGUGUUUUUAAAUUGUCCCUAAAUUUUGUUGAGGAUAUUGCAUUGAAAUCCUUACAUUCAGGGAUGCUGUGUUCUUCUUGUACAGGUUUCCAAAUGCCAGAAACCAAGUAGAAUGAAUUUGUACUGGUUACAGUAUACCUGUGGUGCUGUUGGUCUCUCCUUAUGUACAAUCUGGCUUUUACGCCACAGUAGACUGAUGGGAAGUUCUGAUAUUGACAACUGGGUCCGAGAAGCAAAGGAGUCCACAAAUGCAUUUUGGAAAAGUCAUGUGGAACAGCCGGUAAGUUAUUUAUUCCGUUUUUCUCUUGACGUUUUAGCAUUUCUUAGACUGUCAUUGGGGUGCUACAGUAUUCCACUUUUUAAACUUUUAGUUGUCUUCUGAAUUUGGAUUACAUCUUAAACUUGUGUGCUAAACUUAUUGUAUCGGUUUUGCACCUGAAGCAACCAAGGUGAUACUCAGCCACCCAACACUCUAGCGACCAGGAAAGAUGCUCAGCUCAGUUAUUCUUUAAAUAAACUAAAAAAUAGAGUAGUUGUUGCAUAUGAAGAUGAGUCAACUAGAUGCAUACAAAUGCAUAAUACUCAAAUUAAAACAAUUAAUGUUCUUAUCAAAGUAUUCAUCAAUGGCAUAAAUAAAAUAAAUUUGAAUGAAACAACUAGUAUAAAUUGAAAAAAUGUUUCAUGUUUGGCAUUUCAUUCAUCACAUGCUUGCUCAAGGUAAGAGCAUUGCGCAUGUCUGAAAGUACACUGUUGACCUGAAGAUAAGUUAGGAUUCAGGUUGAUUGUAAUGAAUAUCUGGUCUUGAUAGAAAUGCAAGCACCAGGCCUCUCACGUGAGCUGCCUUGUGGCUGCUUCACGUUAGCAGUGAACGUUCCAUCUUUUAAACUGGUAAAAAAAAGGAUUAUCAUCAUCCUCUUCUGCGUUUCGGUAUGCUAUCUAUUAACUAGCUUUGGUGGAUGAUAAAUACUGCUGACUUCUGUCCAGCAAAUUAACUUUUUGCUAGGAAAAUUUCUAUAAAAUUAUCCAUCUUUAUCAAUGGCUGCUUAACUGUAGUUUCCUUCCAUUAAUACAGUAGGUCCCCGCUGCUUGAAACACCAAAUAUCUGGGUACACGCUGCAGCUUGUUAUUUUAUCAGUUUCAUUCCCAUUUCGUUAGGUUGUCAAACCCUAUGGAACCCUUUUCUUUUUCAGGUUCUUUAACUUCCAGGAUGUUGUUCAGCUAUUCCUAAUUCUUCACUCACAUUGCUUUCUGUUGUAUAGAGCAGUAGGCUACGUAAUUGUCUAUACUUUUGAUAGUGCAGUCAACUUCAUGAAGGUACAUAUUUGCGGAAUUCAGAGAAACUCGACAUUUAUUUGCGAAUACAAACAAAGUGUGACCUGGUAACUGGACCCUUUAAAUCAUCUAGAGGGCCAAGGAGCGCCACCCGUGCCAUGUCUGCAUCAAUCCUGUUGUAAAUGUGACGCAAUCCUGCACUAGCGUUCCCCAAAACUUGAAAAAUCCCACUCUCAAUCCCCUUUUACGACCUUGCUCACAUAGUUGUGGGCCAUAAUCCAUGGCCAUCUUUUGUUUUUUUUUUUGAUUUUAUUGUUCAAGUGCAAGUCCAUGAAAUGGUGACGUAUGGUUGCAUGUGACCUGCUUGCCUAAGGUUAAGCCUCCCAUUGUCAAAGUUGAACUUAAUAUUUUGAGAGAGAAAGACGUUCUUAUUUACAGAUUUAUUGGUUGUUUUUAUUAUAACAGCUAUUUUAUUAUUGUAUAGUUGCUUUUUAUGUGACGAUUAUAUUUAUUUUGCUCAAGUACUUGAUCUCUCUGGAAUGUGUAGCUUUGUGGCAUAGGGACCCAUUUAUUAAUAUUCCAAAUUUUGUACAGUUUUGUGCCGUCCUUUUUACUCUAUUGUCGUCAUUUGACAGCUUCUCUCUAUAAGAGAUGAACUCUUUGAGACGUUCAGGAGGAGGCACAAAGGUGUAAUUGAGCACGAGGAUGUGCAAUUAAGUGCAAAUUCUCUUCACAGGUUAGACUCCUAAUUGAGUUUGUGCUCCCUAUUUUAUUCAUAAAUCUGUUAAGUUUGGUGUUCAGUUAUUAGCUGGUUAUUCUUGUCAUAUCCUGAAAAAUAAUUCAUCCUAUUAUCAAGUUCAACGUUCUGAGUCUUUUGCGAAACUGUGGCGACAUUGACUUCAAAUGUUUGGAUACAUGCUCCUUUUGCUGUUUUAAUUUUGUUGCUUGCUCACUAUCAUUGUAUAGGAACAAAUUCUUCCAAGAUAUCACGGUUGCUCACCUGAGCGAGGGAAAUCUUCUUCCCUCACUCCAGGGUUUCUGUACCGCAUAUGAUGGUCACACUAAUGAGCUGGGUUGGAUUAGGGAAAGUUUUCAAAGUCCUUGUUGUCUUCUUACUUGGGACAUAGUAAAGGGGCAAUCAGAAAAUUGUCUGUGAUGCUUGAUAUUUUUUUUCAUACGAACUACAACAACUGUAUAGGUGAGACUUGAACAAGCUCAAAAAAAUCCUGUGCAUUCAAGUUAAGUUAUUUAUUAUGUGACAGAUGUGCUUCUAAUGCCACUGAGAAGAAAUAGCCUUAUUAAUAAGCCUUCUUCCCUAAACUGAAGGUAUAAUCAUGUUCUUUGAUGUUGCUUUUAGUGACUCCAAUCAAGUUUCUUAUCAACCUAAUGACAGGUUUACAAGAAUGGCUAAUACAAGUAAUGAACUUAAUCGUGCAGGCUGUAACUCAAUGAAGAGGAACUCUCCAGGAUGCCCCUAAGUUAUGCAACUAAACACCCACGGUUCCGUUAGACCUAAAAUGUUUAUGAAGAGAAAUGUUCUCUGUAUAAAAAAACUGAGAAGCGUAAAUUUCGUCCUUGGAUGGAUCCUUUUUUGGAAGAUACCUCAUACCCCAUAUCAUUAUUUUCAGGGAAGUCAAUGGUUGAAACUUUAAUAAUCACGAGCUGGUAGUUGGAAAACUUGAUUGAAAGUAAUCUAACGUGGUACUGGCUGUUUCUAACUCAGAUUGGUGUGUUCAUGGAUGAAUCACCCAAUUUGAUCCUAUACCAUUACAAACUGCCGAAUAUAGUGGAAAGUAGCGGGCAUUUUCCUAUUUGCUAACCUGAUCUUGGUUUUAACUUGAAGUUGAAGAACAAGGCCUUAUAAAAGGGUAUGAUCCUCAUAAAAGUUUGUUGAAUGCAUUGAACAAACUUGUCAAAUAUGCUUUAUUCCAUAGAAAAUAUGCUUCAUUCUAUAAAGUCGUCAUUCGCAAGAACUCUCAAAUGGACUCCAUCUUAUAGACUUAUUAAAUAAACUUCAACUAUAAAAACUCAGAAAUGGGUUUUAUCUCAGGAACUUGCUCAAUGUGUUUUAUCUGUCAUCUCUCAUGGGCUUUGUCACUUAUUUAAAAUUCUCUCUAGUUGCGUAUGCAAUGGAAUUUUAUUUAUUUUACUGCGUUUUUCUAGUAAAUACUUGAAAGUAUUCCUCUUUAAACAGAUAAUUAGCGUUGAUUUCAGUCAGUAAAGAGGAUCCAAAUCUUAAAGAACCUAGAAAGCCCAUGACGGGAACAAAAAUAAAAAACUUGAAGCAAUCCUUUUGUGAGGAUGAGUAAAUACACCUUUAUUCUUUAAAUUAAGCUUUUACAACCACCGCUCAGUAGAGAUUCUCACAUUGACAAAACAUGCAUUCAACCUCAUUUCCGAAGUCAUUGUGGGUAUUCUGUCCUAUGGCGUCCAAUGUAGCAUGAUAAUUCGCCUGCCAAAUCUUGCUAUCAGCAAAGUGGAUCACUUGUUCUUUUGGGUGUAGAUGUACAUCGUUGACCACAUAAGUUCACGUUCACGUAUGUCUAGGGACUGCAAGAUCAGAUACUUUACAGGCUUUACAUUUCUACUAUACCAACUUGGUAUCUGACCAGCUAUGUCAUCAUCAUUAUCCUCAUAACCCUUACUCUGUCGUAGGCAAUCAGGCGCUCCCUAGAAUGUUCAGAUGACUACAUGAAGUUUUUUGACUAAUUGCCUUCCUAUUGGUAGCUGUGUAGCGUGUGGUAAAGGACGGUCAAGGUUAGGUUGAAUGGAAUCAGUCACACAUCAUAUGGCCAGUGGGCAAGUAGAAAUAUUGCAUCAUCCUUUGAAAUCCAGCAACCAGUAAAGAACCCAGAUGGCAACUGUACUAGACUACACUGUAUUCUAAUACGUAACGUGGGGAACCACCGAUUGCCAGGCUUGGAAUUUCACUGGAUAUCUUCACCUUAACAGACCCAUUCACCUCUCCAUAAUUCUUUUUACUUUUGCCCAAAAAUCUUUUAUUUUAAAGGGGUCAUCUUAUGGACAUCCCGUAUAAUGCCAAAUGUUAGUCCACGUAUACCAUGUCGCUUUAUCUGGUUCGUACUUAGUCUUCUUCAUCAUCAGCAAACUAUGGUUACUUAAACUUCCAGUACAUUACAUCCGCUAAAGCAGUUGUACUUUCCUAUGUUGCCUUUCAGGAUGUUAUUAGCAUUCAGUGAGCAGACAAAGGGCCAAAAGUUUCCAGAGGAUGCAUCAGAUCAGGAAAUGCUUGAAAUUGUGAUGUCUAGGUAAUUCAUCUUAUUAUAAACUACUUAUGCCAAAGCUGUUGAAUUUUAUUGUUUCCAAAUAAGCGUCUUCCUUUAUUGUAGCUAUUAACAUGGUCUAUAUUUCUUCUUUUUAUGAAACUAACUCGUGAUAUUUUUCUCUUUAUAUUUCCAAUAUAAGAAUGCACACUUGUUUAGGUGCAUGAAGAAAUCUUUCAACUUGGAUGCAAAUAUUUUCCUUGAGGGUCAUAAAGCCUGUUAUGAUUUAUAGUGAGCAGAUAGGCAUGCUUCUGCUCGUUCCCAUUCGUUGACUGGGUCCAUCAUGCUUCUUUCCCUGGUUUCAUUUCAUAUAAACUGAGCAAAGCAAGGGGAGGAUGUCCUUCCCAAAAUUUUAUGUGUCUGUACUUUUAUCCAUUUCCAUCAUUUGGAGAACCUAAAUUUUGAUGGAUGCUCUUGUAGGGUAAAUUAAGGAAAUGUACCUUCCAUGGUUUACUGAUCCUUCUGAUCUUCAUUUGCAGUCCUUUUUCAUCAGAUGUUAGCAUGCUUAAAAUUUUAUAUUUUUUUUUUUAUCAAGUUUUAAGGAUAGUAAGCAAAAUAUUAGAGUAUUUGAGGAAGUAUGCAGACUAUAGAUCAUGGGGUGCAAAUAUGUCUUGUACGUGGUCAGAAGGAUCAAUAUUAUGUCAUUUUAUGCAGCGGUUCCUUGCUUCAUUUCAGGAUACCCACAUAUACUCCUAAAUAACAGUUGUAUUGAACCAAAUUGUUAUAUGAAUUUUGCGUUCGUCAGGGACAUCUUCUUGGUUUUGAAUGGAUCAGUAAGUUUACAUUACUGACUCAAUCAAUGAACUUGCAUCUGUUUAUGAAUUUAACCCAGUAUGAUAAACUUUAUUCAAAUCGUGAGGAGUUGAAUCAAGUCUUUUGAUCAAUUUUCUUGAUAUAAUGUGUCUGUCAAUGAUACUCGCUUAGUAAGCUGCUGGCAGCACUAUUGAGGAGAUAGACGAGUUAAGACUGAAAUUGGAUUUUUUGUUUUCUUCGCUUGGGUUGGAUGCCAAUUGUGGUUGAUUUGUUUUGGAAUCUCUUCUUUUGGUUAAACUUCUGUCAAGGGCUGGGGCCUUAUUUCAUCUGCUCCUCAUAACUUCAGUAAAAAGUUCAUAAGGUGUAGUUCAGGGAGUAAGUUUGUAAAUUAGUGCCUAAUGCUAGCCAAAGCUGCAUAACGCAGCCAAAUGUCGCUUACAGGAGAUGCGAAAUGCUCUGUGUUUACCUUCCAUUUUAACACAGUCAUUUGAUCAUCUCACUAUUUUUUUUGAACGGUAGUUUCUGAUUGAUGAGUGCUCUAGCUAGCAAAAGACAAUAAGGAUCUUGAUUAUGUUGAACAUUCACACAUGAAUCCUUGUAUAAUGUCUUUUCCAAUAUCCUUUGCUUCUUGACGUGAUAUUGGUUACAUUUGCUGAAUUUACUGGCAAUAAGCCCAUUCAAUUCAAUAUGGAUCAGAAUCAGAUGGCCUGUUUAAGAGCCCCUUGUUGUUUUGCUUCCUGUUUAGUUAGGAGGAAAAUUAAUUUUAGUCAAAAGUUUCGUGGAUUUGCUGAGAGGGCUAUGAGAAGCUACCUCAGUACAUGUUUGCAAUUGAUCCAAGAAGUUGCAUGAUAGGGACAGUGAACUAUGCUUUUGUUCUGUCUUUCAUUCGUUGUAUGUUUCUGGCCUCCUGUAUCUUACUAUACAAAUCUUAUUUAACAUUUGUUUUCACCUUCAGAUAUGAGAAGGAGCUGAUGCAUCCACUUCAAAAUCUAAUUGGUGGUGAGCUUCCCCGUGCUUUGCUCAUUCAGGUACGACUUCGGAUUUGUUGCCCUGCUUUACAUUUAUGCAAAAUUCACUUCGGUCACCCAUGCUACCUUACAAUUGCAGGUUCAGAAGCUCAAACUUGAUGUUGAGACGUAAGUGAUGUAUCUUUCAUUUUACUAUUCUGUCAAAGAAUUGGUUCUUUUCCAAUUGACUUUGAAUGAUUUUUCUCCUUGCCAGAGCUAUGCUGGAACUAGAUCAGAUUCUUAAAGCAAACGAAAUAAACUUUGCAAUUCUCGCUGCUCUCCCAGCCUUCUUCCUCUCUGUUCUUUUGGUCAUGCUGGUACGAGCUUGGUUAAGAAAGGUGAGGAAAUUAUUCCUUAUGUAUAUGUGUUAUCUUGUUUUUCGCUUAGUGCCCAUGGAGAAGUUUCCUUUGAUAUGCUAACCUAAACAUGUGUUGAUUUGUUACAUGGUUCAAUCCAUGUCAGGGGUUUCUUUUUUUUUUAUCAUGAUUUCUUCAAACAUUUUAAUUCUAUAUAUGUUAAAAUGGAUUCUAAUGUGCACGAUUUUUAGGGAGUUGCAUGAAAAUCUCAUUUUUUUAUUCCUAUGGUGACAAAGAUGAAUAACAUUGCGACCCAUAAUCUAGUUUUCAUGAAUUAUCUCCAGUAAAGUAAAAAAAUUGUGCCUAAAGGUUGCGUUGAUAGCGUUAUUUUGACUUGCUUCAUCAAAUCUGGGAUUCUAUGGUGAUUCUAUGGUAAUCCCCUUGUUUAUUCAGGACAAAGGGGCAGAGGGUCGUGGAAGAGCAGCCCGUAUCCAAAGAAGACUUCUUGUUGUUGACGUUGAGAAAAAGAUAAUGCAGUUUCAGAUGUGCAUGGAUCAAGGACUGGUAAAUAUGUUAAACCCUAACCAAUCAUCUCCUCAUCGAGUCAGUCGUUGUUUCAACAAGUAGUGCAGUUCAUGUUACUGACAGUUUUCCAACAGUUCGUACUGAUUUUGUCACACUGGAAUCGUGUUCUCUUUUUUACUAUUUAAAGCAUACUGAGAUAUUUUCGUCUCAAAAAAUGCUUCAAUGUGGGCCUCAGGAAAUGAUCAGCCAGAUGCAAUAAUUUUUAGUUCCGGUGAAUGUAAAAAUAAUUCUAAAAUAAGUAAAGGAGUGAGGACUGUUUUUAUACUCUACUGUGACGAUAUAUAUCAAAUCAUCCGAAUGUUUGAUCACUAUCUGAGUAGAAAAGGGUAAGAAUUCAUAAACGAGCUGGAAAAUGGUCUCGUCAAUUAGUCAACCUUAUGAUUUUAUGCUUUGUCACAAACCCCUAAACCCCAUAAACCCUGAACAACUUCUGCUGGAUCUGACAUGGAGCCUCUAUUUACCAGGAAGAAGAUGCCCGGUGCAUAUUUGGCUUAGUCCUUUACCAGCUGGAUCGCCUCUACAAAGCUGUAGAAGGACACGCCAAGGCAACCAGUGAAUGGUCGAGGUUUGGGAUAUCAACUUGCUUUCUUCUUGUUCACACUAAUGUGCUUAUUUUUCUAACUCAGAAAAAGCUCAAUUGCUCAUUCUCAAUUCAGAAAUAAAACCGCAUUCAAUUUCUCAGCCAAAGUCCCCUUUUUUAUAGCUUGAAACGCGACAUCAUUGACCUCGGGAAGCCUGGAUUGCCGACCCCAUACAAGCUGGCGUUGACUUCCCGAAUCGGGCAUGUCUAUGACUGCAUGCUUCCAUCCCCCAGGCGGGUCUGA